UAUCUCGAUUAUGUAUCUCGUUGACCGUCGCGUCAUCGACAUGAGAAAACGGAAGGGUGGACAGCAGAGUCCGGCGGAACGAGGAUAUUGAUGUCUCGUUUAGGUUAAGCCACCGGUAUUUAUGCGAACGAAUGUGACGGUUGCGUGGCGUCCGUUUGUGUUUCGACGCUCCAGAUUUUAUCAGCAAAAUUUCCAUCGCCGUACGAAUCUUCUGAUCUCUCUUUUUCUGUCUUUUUUCCUCUCGACUUCCUCCUUAUCCGUCGCGUACGCUCGCGUAUCGCAAGUAUUGAGCAACGAGGAAAAACCCGUAGGAAAACGUAUGCUCCUUUAACCUCUUUUUUUGUCUUGGAUGUUGUUAAUUCCGCUUUGCACACGCGCUUCUUUCGCUCACAAAACGAGACCCGUGCAUUGUUGAAUUUUCUAGAAUCUGUUUUGAUGAUACAUUAACAAUCGUACAACGUUGAGAUUGAGAAACGUAGAUUCGACUGAAUAAUAGCAAAGAUCGUUUCUGACCCAUGCUGCCUAAACAUUCAUGUGAUAUGCUGACAAAGUUUCGAGCUCUUUCCAUAAAACUAUUAAAAAAGCUGAUAUCAGUAUUGACGUUAGAGUGCUUAUUAUUUGUGAUAGCGGUUUUUUAUUUUUUUUAUAAAUUGCUAGAAUGUGGGUAGCAAAUUUAUGUAUAUGGCAGAAUGUAACAUGAUAUUAAUUUUUGUUAUAAUAAUUCCUGAAAAAGUAAUGAUCUCUCUAUAUAAUAAACUCUUUUUUUGUAGUACUUAUUGACCAUGUUUAUUUACUAUCUUUUGAAGACAUAAGAAAUAAGAAACAAAGACUGCAAAACUAUAUGAAGAGUUUUUACUCUGAAAAAUCAACUCAAAUCUGUUAAAUUUAAUAUUAUGUGUACCUUUUUUAGUUUUAUGAACUAUGUUUUAAAUAUAUUUGCUCAAAUAAAAUUAAUUAAAAAAUAAUAGCAUGUUAUCGAUAUUCAUGAAUAAUUAAAUGUACGUUAUCAAUCAUAUCACUUAAACCUUAACAUAUGUUAAACAUAUGCUAUAUUUUGCUGUUAUUAAAUUUUAUUAUUAUUUUUUUUAAUGAUACGAUUACAAUAUAUAUUUUAUUUUUUAUUUAUGUAUGAAAUAAAAUAUAUAAGUAAUAUAAAUAAUAUUUACAUAUAUAUUUUUCAAAUUAUUUUAAUCUCUCAUGUACAAGUGUAUUGAUCUAAGUAAAGAACAAAAUUUUAUUUAUUUUUUUCUUUAAAUAAUAUAAAAAUCUAUACAGAUUGUAAUUACACUUUAAAAAUUUUAUGCAAAAAAGUUGUUUGUGACAAACAAAUGAAUAUAUAAUUUGUAAUAACCUAUUAAAAUUCAAGUUAUAUAGAAUCACAUGCAAUAUAAGUUAGAAUUAAAAAAAAUUUUGUCUAAAAGUUUCUAAAGAAACUUUCAGAUAUUCUUUCUCUUCUUUAUACUAUUUAAUUAUUUCUUACCAACUUUUGUGUAAAUGUUUCCCACAUUCUCUAGUAACUUAAGUAAUUCAAGAAAUGAAUCAAAUAAUGUGUUACCAAGUGGUUAUACAGAAAAUGAGUUUAUUUUACAGGUUCAGGAAUAUAAGGAUUCUCUUAAAACCAAGGCGGAAGAGUUGUUGGUGAAAGGAUUUCCAGAGAAAAUAGUUAAAUUAAAUGAAUUAUUGGAGACUCCUGGAUUUUGUAAUCGAAAGCUGUCAGAUGUACAUCAAAACUUAAAUGUACCCAUUCCAGACCCUAUCGUUCUCAAUCAUUCCGAAGAUGCUCCUGCUACGAAAAAACUUAAAUUGGAUAAUAAUGGAGAAGAGACCAGUGGAACCAAAGUAAUGGUACUUCCAAGUGGCCCUGUACCUUGCAAUAAAAAGUUGUGUGACUUGAUUCACAUAGUUAAACCCUACAUUAGACAACUUUUGGAGGAUUCUAAUUUACUAAAAAUGUGGAUUUCUUUUUUAAUCCCAAAAAUUGAAGAUGGGAACAAUUUCGGUGUAUCUAUUCAAGAAGAUACAUUAUCUGAAAUUCAGUCCGUUGAAAGCGAAGCCGCUGCAUUUUUCGAUCAAAUUUCUAGAUAUUUCAUCUCUAGAGGAAAGAUUGUUAGUAAAGUCGCAAAAUAUCCACACAUCAUUGACUAUAGAAGAGCGAUUCAAGAACUAGAUGAAAAGGAGUAUGUGAGCUUAUGGCUCGUAAUGAGUGAAGUUCGUAAUCGUUAUUGUUCACUACACGAUCUCGUGAUCAAGAAUCUGGAAAAGAUCAAACGGCCACGUUCCUCCAACGCACAAUCCUUGUACUAGUAGGCAUAGUUUUACGCGCUGUACCUACUUACGGAGUAAUUUAAUGCAAACAAAUCGGAAAUAUAACAAUAUAAAAUUCAUCUCCCCUUAUCCCAUUGACAUAACUCAAUUGCCUUGACAUUAAUCCAUCGUUCAUUCUAUCAAUUAUGGCACUAUAAAUAAAACUAACAGUAAACAUACACGUAAA